UGAAGAUAUCGAGCGUACCCUUCUCUCGGAGCAGAGCGUCGGGAUGCAGGCUAGCUCCGUUAACGGGGACGCUUUAAUUCACGCUUUUCCGCCCGUCGGAGGAGGUGACAUAAGAUACCGAGAGGAGGCGGAGGUCGGGGCCGAGCCGAGCUAACAGGAGCCGGUGUCUCUCUGUGCGGCGGGAAGCCCGGCUCCGCGGUCUGUUUGUUGUUUAGCUUUAGCCGCCUGAGUUAGCUUGCAGCCUCCGGCCGCUAACGGUUCACCGGGAGGAGACGGCGGCCCCCGCCCACAGACACGGCCCGGCCCCCGUGAUGGACGGAGGAGCCCCGUUGUAGGAGCAACAGGAUGCGCUAGCGGAUGUAGUUAGCAUCGGGCCUGAACACAGCGCAUCUCCUCCUCCCUCCCUCCUUCCUUCCUCCCUCCCUCCCUUCCUUGUCUCCUAGCUGUGUCCUCUCAUGAUCACCAUGGAGCCGGCCCCCCACCCGCUGCCUCACUUCCCAGAGAACUCCUAUAAGAUGACCGAAGAGGAUGUGAAAAGGCUGAUCGAGUUCAGGGCGUCCAACGAGGCCCUGUUCACAGGGAAGAGGAACUCUGCAAAGAUAGCCUGGAGCACCAUCCUGAAAGGCCUCGGUCUGGAAGGGAAGCUGACGGCAGACCAGAUCGCCAAGAAAUGGGACAACCUGCGGACAAAAUAUAAGGACCUGAAGCAGCCGUACCAGGGCCAGGACCACAUGGGGGGCGUUGUGGAGUCGUGGCCGUGGUUCCACAUCAUGGAUGAAGCCAUGCAGGGUCGCCUCUACAACAGCAACCUGGUGCUGAGCCCAGAGACCGCUGGCAACGCCGGUCACCGUGGCAACUGCCAGCCCAAUCAGAACCAGGAGAACACCGACAUCCUGGAGUUCCUCAUCAAGACGGAGAUGGAGGACACGGUGGCAGCCGAAACGGCAGCGGACGAUGGGGGGGUUCACACGGAGGCUCCGCCCCCUGAGGGCAUCCCGAUGGGCUGGAGGAGGAUGACCGAGUGCUCGUAUAAAAUGAGCGAACAAGAAACCGAGAGGAUGAUCAAACUGCGAGCAGCCAACGAGGCGCUCUUCACUGGCAGGAAACACUCAGCCAAGCCGGCCUGGAGAGGAGGUGCACAGACGUGUCAGGUUUUCACAGAGACUCGUCGUCGGCACGCCGUCCUGUUGCACUGUGGGCCGGAUAAACGUCUCCACUGUGAAUGUGACCUGAAGUUUCCUCCUCGGGGGAUGGAGGGUCAGACCAACCCGGCCUCGUGGCCCUGGUUCCAGCUGAUGAGCGACGCUCUGGAAGGCCGUCUGACGGGCAAAGCUCCCCGAGUGACGCCCGUCUGGACCAACGAGGAGGACGGCGUGUUCGGCUCGUCCCCGCCUCCCGACAGAGACUGUUUGAUGGCGGAGAGGAGCAGCGUGUCGGAGCUGGAGAGCAUGGUGGGCGGAGACAACGCGGAGUCCGACGGGAACGUCACCUACAUCGACGCCAGCGGAGAGGAGUGUUCGACGCCGUCCGACCCGACUUAUAAAAUGACCGACCAGGACACGAGGAAGAUGAUUAAACUUCGAGCCGCUAACGAGGCGUUGUUCACCGGGAGGAGGAACGCCGCCAAAGCCGCCUGGAAGUAA